GUCUACGGCAAUCCGACACAUUUUACAGCUGCUACCAAAAAUUAUGUAGAUGAAUGCGUCGAGUUGUGUCGACCCGAUCGUAUUCAUAUUUGCGAUGGCAGUGUUCAAGAAAGCCAAAUACUGCAGCAGCUUAUGGUGAAGCAGAGAACAAUAACUCCUCUGACGAAAUAUGAAAACUGCUGGCUAGCCAGAACGAAUCCUGCUGAUGUUGCCCGCGUCGAAUCCCGUACUUUUAUUUGUACCGAGCGUAAGGAACAGACCGUCCCUGUUACUGGUGAGUCAACACCAGGAGCAUUAGGAAAUUGGAUAUCUCCUGAGGACAUGCGUAAAGCUAUUGCUGAACGUUUUCCCGGGUGCAUGAAAGGUCGUACAAUGUAUGUGGUACCCUUCUCCAUGGGUCCAGUCGGCUCCCCGUUGUCAAAAAUCGGUGUAGAAAUCACAGACUCCCCCUAUGUAGUAGAAUCGAUGAAAAUUAUGACCAGGGCUGGAUUGAAAGUUCUGGAUGAGAUGCAGAGAGGUGGUGAUGAAUUUGUGAAGUGUCUCCAUUCCGUUGGAACACCCAAAAAUGGUAGACAUGCCUUCCCUUCAUGGCCUUGUGAUCCAGAACGGACAAUAAUUUUACAUAUGCCGGACAACAACGAAAUUGUAUCCUAUGGUUCCGGAUACGGUGGCAAUUCCUUACUUGGCAAAAAGUGUUUUGCUCUCCGCAUUGGAAGUACCAUUGCAAAACGGGAGGGUUGGUUGGCCGAACACAUGCUAAUUUUGGGAAUAACCAAUCCUCAGGGAAAGAAAAUUUACAUUGCUGCCGCUUUCCCCUCCGCUUGCGGCAAAACGAACCUUGCCAUGAUGACUCCAACUUUACCCGGUUACAAAGUUGAGUGUGUCGGCGAUGAUAUUGCUUGGAUGAAAUUCGAUAAAAAUGGUGUAUUGAGAGCAAUUAAUCCUGAGAAUGGUUUCUUCGGCGUUGCUCCCGGAACAUCGAUGUCCACAAACCCCAUAGCAAUGAAGACCAUAUUCAAGAACUCAUUGUUUACCAAUGUUGCAUCGACAUCGGACGGUGGAGUAUUCUGGGAAGGUAUGGAUAUAGGCAACAUCAGCGGUGUCACAGUUACUGAUUGGUUAGGCAAACUGUGGUCUCCAGAAUCAGGAAAAUCUGCUGCACACCCCAACUCUCGAUUUUGUACACCCGCUGCUCAAUGUCCCAUCAUUGAUCCGGCAUGGGAAGAUAGUGCCGGAGUUCCAAUAAGUGCGAUUCUUUUCGGAGGCCGCAGACCGGCCGGUGUGCCACUGGUCUACGAAGCCCGAAAUUGGUCCCAUGGUGUAUUUAUGGGAGCUUCGAUGCGCAGUGAAGCAACCGCAGCAGCAGAACACAAGGGCAAAGUCAUCAUGCACGAUCCGUUUGCCAUGCGUCCAUUCUUUGGUUAUAAUUUCGGCGACUAUUUGAAACACUGGCUCUCGAUGGAAUCACGUGGAAAGGUGCCCAAAAUUUUCAAUGUAAAUUGGUUCCGCAAGAGUGAAGACGGCCAAUUCCUGUGGCCAGGAUUCGGCGAUAACUCUAGAGUACUCGACUGGAUUUUCCGCCGUGUCGAAGGAGAAGAAUGUUACCAAGAGACACCCAUCGGCUUGCUACCUAGCCCCAACUCAAUUAACACCCAAGGGAUGGCAACCGAUAUUGACAUGGAAAAACUUUUCCAUUUACCCAAAGAUUUCUGGUUACAAGAAGCAGCAGACAUUGAAAAGUACUUUACAACCCAAGUCGGUUCUUACUUGCCAUCUGAAAUUUCGGCCGAGUUGCAAGGUCUUAAGGACAGAGUAUCAAAAAUGUAA